UAGAUCCUCAGAGGUCUCUAAGCUAAAUAAUAAUGAAAGCAGUCAUUCUAAUUAUCGUCCUAGUGGCAGUUGUCCAAGCAACUAGUCUUAAAGACAUUCUUAAGGCUGAGUUUAACGCCUUCAAAUUGAAGCACCACAAAACCUACCAGGAUGCUAGUGAGGAGUUGAAGCGCCUUCAGAUAUUCGUGGAAAACAAGAAACUGAUCGACACUCACAACAAACGCUAUGUGGCCGGAGAGGAGUCUUACGAGAUGGGUGUGAAUAAAUUUUCUGAUAUGACUCCCGAGGAAUUCAAAACGCUUGUGCUCACAAACCUCAAUCCUGCUGACUCCCAGGAGGGAAUCGACUAUAUUUACAAUCCUUCUAGCUACGUUAACCUACCAAGUAGCGUUGAUUGGCGUGAUUGGGGCGCUGUUAACCCAGUUUAA